UUUAGGAAUGAUUAUGUGGGAACUUACAUCUGGAUUGCGUCCUUUCUAUGAUCAGGCAUAUGAUGCUCAUCUUAUACUCGAUAUAUGUAAGGAAAAAUUUCCGUUACGACCAAAUAUCACAGAAGAUACACCACAUUGUUGGGCAAUUUUGAUGCAAAAAUGUUAG